AUGGACGGUUUGGACAGUCUCCUUCCUCCUGUGGUUGGAACUGGUGAUGCAACUAAUUCAGAAGAGUUGCUAAAACUUCUGCUGGAUGAAAAAAUGCGAAGCGAACAGCAUAAAACAAAUUAUCAAAUUCUAAGGGCAGAAUAUCUAAGACUCCAGGAGGAUUAUACGAAAUCACAGGAUGAACUGAAGCAGUCAUUAGUUGAAAAACAGACUGAACAUGACAAAUUUCAGCAGUGUCUCGCUGAAUAUCAAGAGCAGUUGCUGAGUAAAACACAAGAGUUGGAAGAGCUGAAGAUGCAGGUGCCAACUCCUCAAAAAUUAGAACUGUUAAAAGCAAAAAUACAGGAGGAAUUGGAAUCUCCAAUGAGAGAACGUUAUCAGAAGCUAGAAAAUGAAGUGGAAAAAUACAGAACACUAUAUAACAAGCUUCGUUAUGAACAUACUUUUCUGAAAUCAGAAUUGGAACAUCAAAGGGAAGAACAUGAACGUGUUUUAGAAGGGAUGAAAAUAAAAUACGAGUCUGAGAUUACAAGACUGGGUAAAGAUCAUGAAGAACUCCUUAAUCAGCUGCAUAGUGUUGAUCUCUCAAGGGACAGUAAACGUGUGGAGGCACUCUCUAGAGAAAAGGCACAACUGUAUCAGAAAUUAAAAGCCUUGGAAGAAGAGGUAGCAGAACUAAGAGCAGAAAGACACAAUUGUGGUGUGCAAGCAGAAAAUGUUCAAAGAGUACAAGCACGGCAAUUAGCUGAGAUGCAGGCUAUGAUGCGAUCUCUAGAGGCAGAAAAGAAGUCUGCCGAACUACAGAUUGAUCGAAUUAAGAAAGAGCUGCAGAUGAGUCAUGAGCAAAACAUUCUCUCAACUAGCAAUCUUCACAAAUCUGAACGAAAAGCUGAUUCCUUAGCUGCUAAAGUAGAGGAACUUAAACAUUCACAUAAAUUGGAAAUAACAACUGUCAAACUGGAGGCAGCAAGAGCAAAAAGUGAGGUAGAAAGAGAGAGAAACCAGAUUCAAAGUGAAAUGGAUGGAUUGCUGUCAGAAAAGGAAAUUCUUAAGGCAGCUCUUGAACGGCAUAAGGUGCUUUUAGUAGAAAAGGAUCGGGAGCUAAUUCGUAAAGUGCAAGCUGCCAAAGAGGAAGUGUUUGACAAUAUUGCAGCCUUACAGUAUGAAAAGUCAGAACUGGAGAACAGAGUAGCUGAUCUAGAGAAGAUGAAACUGGAUGAAGAUACUUGGAGACAAUCUGAAAAGGAUCAGUACGAAGAGAAACUACAUGCUGUACAGAUGGCAGAAGAAUCUAGCAAAAAGGAACUUCAGAGUCUGCGGUUAAAAAUUCAACAGCAAGCUAUGCAGACAGAAGAACUAGAAGAAAAGAAACAUGAGAAUGCUAGUCUGAAACAGCAAAUUCAUGACAUGCAAUUCCAGCUUGCCUCACUUUCUCAGUCGAAAAAUGAUUUGCUGGAAUCUAAUCAGAAAUUGAAGGAAAUGAUAGAGGGAUUGAAACAAGAAUGUCAGCAUGCAAGGACUCAGGCAGAGAAAGCUCAACUGGAAACAGAGAAGACUUUAGAAUACCAACGUAUAGAAUGGCUGAAGGAGAAGCAUGUGCUUACUCAGGACAUGACAGAAUAUGAAGAGAAAUACAAGCAAGUGAAGAGCAAGCUGUCUCGAGCUGCUGUUGCUCAGAAAAAGAGAAAGCUUCUCAAUGACAACAAACAAAGGAGGAUGCGUGAGAAACUAGAACUUUUGGAAGCCAAGAUGGAAGAACUAGAAAAAGAAAAUCAGUUGUUAAAAAGGUGGAAUGUUUCCCAUGAAGAAUAUGCACGGCUCCAAAAGAAACUGAAGGACUUCCAACACAGGCACAGUGAAUUCCGGAGUAUAAUUCUGAAUCCUAACAUCCCAUCGCUGAAUCCAGUUGGUAUAAAGCCAUCGUCUGCCUUGCCUCCUGGGCCUGAAGUGUCCUUCCCCCUUCUCCAGGAGGAGCAGCAUCAAAGAGAUCUUUCCCUGCUUCGCAAGCGGUUGGAAGAACUAGAAACCACACAGAGAAAACAGCUGGAAGAUCUUGGCCCAGCUAGAGAGCGAGUAACAGUGGGUGCAUACAGAGACUUGGCAAGACAUAAGAUCAGUGGAGAAGGCGAAGAGCAAAGGUUGGCAUCUAUGGGGGGACACUCCCUGGAUUUCAGGUACCAAUGCUGUGAUACUUGGCACAGCAGUGGUUACAGGCUCAAUAUUGGGAUUCCAUCGCAGACUGUUUGUUCCUGCUCAACUAGACUUCCCACUUCUCUCAAGUUCCUGAUCCUCCUGGUGGGUGUUGGGAGAGUGAAGUCCCUCCCAACUAUAAGUGAAGAGCAGGUUCCAGACAAUGUGAUGAAGCUGAAUAGCCACCAGUCUGUGGGACCUGAUGACAUGCAUCCCAGGGUCCUGAGGGAACUGGCUGAUGUUGUUGCCAAGUCACUCUCCACCAUAUUUGAAAAGUCAUGUGAAGUCCCUGGUGACACAGGAAGGACAUGGAAUGAGUCCAGAGGAGGGCCAUGA